AUGGACGCGCGGAUCCCGCUGUCUGCCCGGGCCAGCGCGUUCAGCAUCGCCUCUCUUGUUGCAGCCGAGGCCUCGGAGGGCACCGCCCACCGGGGCCCCAGGCCCUCGGACCGGGCGAAACUUCGCCGGCUACCAGGAUCCCCAGCCGGGAUGCACUUCAGCACAGUCACCAGGGACAUGGAAGGUGAGCCUUCUGCCCGCGUCUACACCGGCUGGGGGGCCGCCGGCCCCCUGCUGCGGAUGUUCCCCACCUUCCAAGUGAAGCUCUUUGGGAUGGACCCCAUGGCUGACUACAUGCUGCUCAUGGACUUUGUGCCUGUGGAUGACAAGCGCUACCGGUAUGCCUUCCAUAGCUCCUCCUGGCUGGUGGCCGGCAAGGCAGACCCUGCCACACCUGGCCGAGUGCACUACCACCCUGACUCGCCGGCUAAGGGCGCACAGUGGAUGAAGCAAAUCGUGUCUUUCGACAAGCUGAAGCUGACCAAUAACCUGCUGGAUGACAAUGGCCAUAUUAUUCUCAACUCCAUGCACAGAUACCAGCCCCGCUUCCAUGUUGUAUACGUGGACCCUCGCAAAGACAGUGAGAAAUAUGCAGAGGAGAACUUCAAAACCUUUGUAUUUGAGGAGACACGCUUCACUGCAGUCACUGCCUACCAGAACCACCGGAUCACACAGCUUAAGAUUGCCAGCAAUCCCUUCGCCAAAGGCUUCCGGGACUGCGACCCCGAGGACUGGUGA